UCCCGGCGAUCCCCCUUCGGACCCCGGCCCGGUGUCCGGACCCGUGGCUGCCGUGCCACCCCUGGUGGUGUCGUCGUCGUCCGGAGGCGCGCCCGUGGCCUCGGUGGCACCCAUGGUGCCCGCGGUGCCCAGCGUCGUCCCGCUGACGGAUGACGGACGCGAGAAGUGGGACAAGAAGAUCGAGUUCCUGCUGGCCGUCAUCGGGUUCGCAGUGGACCUGGGCAACGUCUGGAGAUUCCCGUACAUCUGCUACCGGAACGGAGGCGGCGCCUUCCUCAUCCCGUACACCGUGAUGCUGGUGUUCGGCGGCCUGCCCUUGUUUUACCUGGAGCUGGCUAUGGGCCAGUACUACCGCAGCGGCUGUCUCACCAUAUGGAAGAACAUCUUCCCCAUUUUUAAAGGCAUCGGCUACGCCAUCUGCAUCCUGGACCUGUACAUGGCCAUGUACUACAACACGGUGAUCGCCUGGGCCGUGUACUACCUGGUAGCCUCGCUGGCCUCGGAGCUGCCCUGGACCCGCUGCGACAACCCCUGGAACACCGAGACCUGUCUCACGCUGGCCGAGAGGGCCAACGCGUCCAACGACUCCACUAGCCCCGCCCAGGAGUACUUUGAGAGGCAAGUGCUGCAGAUCCACCUGUCCGGUGGCAUCGACCAGAUCGGCGGCGUCCGAUGGCCCCUGGCGCUCUGCCUCUUCGCCGUCUUUGUGCUCGUCUACUUCUCGCUCUGGAAGGGAGUGCGCAGCACGGGAAAGGCGGUCUGGGUGACAGCCACAAUGCCGUACGUGGUCCUGCUCAUCCUACUGCUGCGAGGGGUGACCCUGGACGGUUCCAUGGACGGCAUCAAGUACUACCUCUACCCGCAGUGGGACAAACUGCUGUCCAGCGACGUAUGGAUCGACGCUGCAACGCAGAUCUUCUUUUCGCUGGGACCGGGGUUCGGGACUUUGCUCGCGCUGUCCAGCUACAACAAGUUUCACAAUAACUGCUACCGCGAUGCAUUGUUGACCAGCAUCAUCAACUGUCUCACGAGCUUCCUAGCGGGAUUUGUCAUCUUCUCGGUGCUCGGCUACAUGGCUCAUGUCCUGCAGAAAGACAUCAGCAACGUGGCCACCGACGGUCCAGGACUGGUGUUCAUCGUGUACCCUGAAGCAAUUGCCACCAUGAAGGGCUCGGUCUUUUGGUCCAUUCUCUUCUUCCUCAUGCUCAUCACGCUCGGACUGGACAGCACGUUCGGGGGCCUGGAGGCGAUGCUGACGGGCCUCUGCGACGAGUAUCCGACGGUUCUCCGGCGGCACCGUGAAAUCUUUGUCGGCGUUGUCAUCAUGUUCAUCUACGCAUGCGCCCUGCCCACCACCACAUACGGAGGCAACUACAUCGUGAGCCUUCUCGACACCUACGCGACUGCCACGGGCGUCCUCUUCAUCGUCUUCAUCGAGUCCAUGGUCGUGUGCUGGUUCUACGGGGCCAAUCGCUUUUCUCAGCACGUCAAGGAAAUGCUGGGUCAUCUACCCGGCCUGUACUGGAGGCUGUGCUGGAGCUACAUCAGCCCCCUAUUCUUGUUUGUGAUGUUCCUGUUCGCGGUGCUCCGUUACAAGGAGCUCGAGUGGGAAGACUACACGUUUCCCCGCUGGUCCAUCGCCGUGGGCUGGGUGCUCACCACGUCGUCCAUGUGCUUCGUACCGGGCUACAUCCUCGUCGCCUUCGUUCGCACCAAGGGGACCUUCAGAGAGGUGACGGCUCGAUGCGCGCACACAUUUCCCAAGUCGGACGCGGUACAUUCGGAUAGAUGA